CUGUGCUCUAUGCUGUCAGCUUGUGUGGAUCAGGGAGGCGGGUAGCCGGGCUGCAGAACCUGUUUGCUCGCUUUACACUUAUCUGACAGGAGCUCUAUGCUCGGCCAAGUGAGCAAGCGUUUCAGAUUUAGCCGAAGUUUGGAGGAGUCAACAUCUCCUCCGGACACAUCCAGACCUCUCCCAUCAGCAUCUUCAGAUCACUUUUGGACCCCUAUUUUGUGAUAUGCAGCAGUAAACGUCAUAACGAGACAAUGAAUGGGGAAAUAGAGAGUUCUGUCUCCUUAGACGGAAAAGUCUUGGAGAACAACGGGAAUGAAGCUGGGCUUGAUGUUGGAUUUAAAGGUCCCUUGUUUAAUCUGAAAGGGGAUGCAGAUCAGAUUGUAGCUGCCACAAUUCACUUGGACCACCUUGCAAAAGAAGACAAGCUGAAAUUGCUGGAGAUCAUUCAGCCUUAUGAUCAAAACCUUGAAGUAAAGACCAAAGGAGGUCUAAAUGCUGGAUUGAGUCUUGGUGAUGUACUCCUGAAGGGUGAAACCCCAAAACUUCAAGCACCAGCAGUUGAAGUCCGUGGGCUGAAUGGAAAGUUAAAUUCCCCAAAUAUAAAAGGUGACCUCACAGUCCCGUCAGUUAAUGGAGAAGUCCCACAGAUGACUUUAAAGGGCUCUGCACCUGAUCUGACUGUAGGAGAGAGUGGGAAAUUCACAUUGCCAACUGUUGAUGUGUCUGCACCUCAACUUCAGGGUCCCAAUCUAGAUGGCAACAUCAAAAUGCCCAAUGCUAAGGUCUCUACUCCAACUCUGAGCUCUCCAGACUUCUCUGCAGAUGUAAAGAACCCAGACGUGAAGUUUAAGGCUCCUAGGUUUAAGAUGCCAAACUUUGGUCUACCUGCUGAAAAAGCGAAGCUUGAUGGGGGUGUGGCAGUAAAUACUCCAGAGCUGAAAUCUCCAGACAUGAGUGUGUCAGUCCCAAAGGCAGAUGUGGAUCUCAAAGCACCUCAGGUUGAUGUGAACUUGCCCAAAGCAGAAGUAAAAGGACCAAAUCUGAAGGCAGAAGUACCUGAUGUUGAUGUUGAGGCUCCCUCUGGAAAAUUCAAACUGCAAAAGCCCAAAUGGAAUCUCGGCAAGCCGAAAGUAAAAGCUCCAAAUGUCGAUGCAGAGAUGAAGACACCAGAAGCUGAACUGUCUGUACCAGAUCUCAAAGCUGACAUCAAGGCUCCUGGUGUUAAAAUGGAUUUGCCUAAUGCUGAGCUCAGCAGCCCUGAAGCAGAUAUUAACACACCAAAUCUUGACAUUGAUGCUCCCUCUGGUAAAAUUAAAUGGCCCAAAUUCAAGAAGCCAAAAGGAAAAGUGAAAGGGCCAUCAGUGGACAUUGACACAGAUGUGCAGACUCCAGAUCUAAGUCUGUCUGCCCCGAAUGUGAAUGCAGAUAUCAAUGCACCAAAAGUUGAUGUCAACGUUCCAGAUGUAGAUGUGUCCCUUCCCAAGGCAGAGUUGGAAACUCCCAAAGUAAAUGUUAACACUGGAAAACCCAAGUUUCCCACUCUGAAGCUACCAAAGAUGAACCUAAGUAGACCAAAGGUGGAGGGACCCAACAUUGAUGCAGACCUAAAGACACCAGGGGUAAAUGUCUCAGCCCCUGAUGUGAACGUGAACCUGCCCAAAGCUGAACUUGAUGGGCCAGGUCUAGAUGUCAAGGCACCCAAUCUUAACCUCUCUGCACCAAAAGUAGAAGGUGAUCUCUCUGUUCCAGACCUAAAUGUCAAAGCUCCAGAUGCAGACAUCAAGGGCCCGUCAGGCAAACUGAAGAUGCCCAAAAUAAAUUUCCCAAAGGCGAAGGUGAAGGGGCCAAAUGUAGAUCUUGAUGGUAACCUUGGUGCCCCAAAUAUUGAUGUCUCAGUCCCAGAUAUUCCGAAAGUUGAGGGAGAACUCGCCUUACCCAAUGCUGAACUUGAUGGGCCAGGUCUAGAUGUCAAGGCACCCAAUUUUAACCUCUCCGGACCAAAAGUAGAAGGUGAUCUCUCUGCACCAGACCUAAAUAUCAAAGCUCCAGAUGCAGACCUGAAGGGCCCAUCAGGCAAACUGAAGAUGCCCAAGAUAAAUUUCCCUAAGGGAAAGGUGAAGGGGCCAAAUGUAGAUCUUGAUGGUAACCUUGAUGCCCCUAAUAUUGAUGUCUCAGUCCCAAAUAUUCCAAAAGUUGAGGGGGAACUCGGCGGACCCUCACUGAAGCUACCCACUGCAGAUCUUAAAGGACCUGAACUAAACGCACAAACGCCAGAACUAAACCUCUCUGCACCUAAAAUUGAAGGAGAUGUCAGUGCACCCACAGUUAAUGUAGACCUCCCAAGUGCUGACCUGAAAACUCCUAAUGUUGAAGCUCCAUCUGGAAAAUUCAAGCUUCCUCAUAUUAAGAUGCCCAAGUUUGGUCUCUCUGCGCCAAGGGUGAAAGGACCAAAAGUUUCUGGGAAUCUACAAACACCAGAUGCAAAUGUAAACUUGCCAUCAGCAGAGCUAAAAGGGCCUGAUCUAGACCUAAAAGCACCUGACCUUAAUGUCUCCACUCCUGAUAUGAAAGGUUCCAUAUCUGCUCCAGCUGUAGAUGUGGAUUUAGCCAAAGCUGACCUGAAAGCUCCAGGUCUUAACCUUGAGGCAAAUACUCCAGAUCUGAAACUCUCUGCACCAGAUGUGGACCUAAGCUUGCCAAAAGGAAGCAUUGAGGUCCCUGAUGUAGAUCUAAACGUCCCUGAUGUUGAUGUUCCUUCUGCAAAAUUAAAGACACCACAUUUGAAAUUUCCCAAAAUUAAUCUCGCUGGGCCAAAGGUCAAGGGCCCCAAAGUGGAUGUUGGUGCAGACCUAAAUGCACCAGAUGUUGAUGUGAACUUACCCUCAGCGGAUAUCCGAGGACCUAAUCUCAACAUAAAAGCGCCUGAAAUGGAUCUCUCUGUUCCCAAAAUUGAGGGCUAUGUUGCUGCUCCAGCUGUAGAUUUAGAUUUACCUAAAGCUGAUCUAAAUGCUCCACAGGUUAACAUUGCUGCAAAAACACCAGAUCUCAACCUCUCUGCCCCGAAUGCAGAGCUUAGCCUGCCAAAAGGAAACAUUGAGGGCCCUGACGUAGAUCUGAAUGUCCCUGAGGUUGAAGUUCCAUCUGGGAAAUUAAAGAUGCCACAUUUGAAAUUUCCCAAAUUUAAUCUCACUGGGCCAAAGGUACAGGAGCCUAAUCUGGAUGCUAAAGCAGGUUUGGAUGUUUCUGUCCCUAAGAUUCAAGGAGAAAUAAAUACACCAGAUGUUGAUCUAAGUCUACCCAAAGCUGAGGUCAGUGUCCCAGAUGUUGACGUAAAGUUACCCAAAGCUGAAGUUGAUGUCCCGGAUGUUCAGGUCAAGAACCCAAAGUUCAAAGUCCUUACCAUCAAAAAACCCAAAGCUACUGUAUCGACCCCAAGUGUAAACGCACCAGAAGCUUCAAUAAAUGCAGAUUUAAAAAGUGUCAAUGUCUCAGCCCCAAGGGUAGAUGCAGAUGUUAAAGCUCCUGAGGUCAAUUUAAAUGCACCUACAGCUGAUCUUAAAGGCCCUGAGGUUGACUUGAAUGCUCCAGCAGUUGAUGUAAAGGCUCCAAAAGGAAAGUUUAAAUUUCCAACAUUUAAAAACUUCCGUCUUUCUGGCUCAAAAAUAAAAUCUCCUGAUGGCGACAUUGCUGCUAACGUUGAAGGACCUGAUCUAAAGAUGUCUUCCCCCAAAGUUGAGACACCUAAUGUUGAUCUGAGCUUGCCCAAAGCUGAGGUUGAUGUAGGCUCUCCAGAUGCCAAUGUUUCGGUCGAUGCUCCAAAGAGUAAAUUCAAAUGGCCCUUCAGUCGGAAGUCGAAAGAGGGAUUGAAGGGAUCAUUAGAUCUUCCAGAUGCCACAGUUGAUGCUAAAGAGGCAGAAGUGACCCUUCCGUCAGGUGUACCAAUGUUCAAGACGCACUUUCUGCCCAGCAGCAACCUGGAAAACCUCAUCCAGGACAUUGGUGGGGCGAUUGAUUUGAGCAGAGAUCCAACUAAAUCAGUGGCACAGGCUCUCCCUCAGCUGAAGGCGGAGGUGAAAGCGUCCCCUGGGUCUUCUGAUGAGAAUGGCCAGACACAGACAGUGAACAUCUUGGAAAGACUAAAACUGUCUGCCGCACGCUCGAUCAGUGACCUGACCGAAGGCAGCGAAGCCGAGACAUCCUCAGUUCCAGACAGUCCGAGCAAAGCGAAUAGAGGAACGUUUAAAAUAAACUCCACAAGUGAGCAAGAUAAAAUUUCUCUGAGUCUUAACAACAUGCUUGGCUUGCCAACUGGAUCUGACGCAGGUGAAGAUUAAGGUCAGGCUCAAAAGAAAACCUUCCUUUCUGAAAGAGGAAACGAUUCUUAAACUUUUUUUUUUAACGUUUGAUGUCUUUCUAUUAGCGCUGGUUUCUGAAAACAAGUCUAGAUCCACUAUAAAAUGGACGUUUACUCAUGUGGAAGAUCAGCUCUUUGUGUGACACUUUUAUCACAUUAGAGAGAAGACAUAAAUAAAGUUUAAAAUGGAGGGAUGACAUUUUGCAACAUGUAAUUCUGUAAUUUUUUGUAUAGAGUCUGUAAAACAAGCAAAGUCUUGGGUAAUAAUUUUACAAGAUUAUUAAUAUGAAGGAAAUGUCUCAUUCUGAAUAUCAUAUACUUCUUUAUAUAUAUAUAUAUAUUGUUUUUAUGUAUGUGUGUGUUGUUUUUUUUUACAUGUAUUCAUCAGUAUUGUUGCUACUAGAAAAAAAAUAUAUAAUGCCCAAUGAACUAAUAAGUACACUGUCAACAUUUUUUUUGCUGCAUAUCCGGCCUUUUACAACUUUGACAAUACUUUUAAACUGUAUAAAUAUAUAUGUUUUUCUAAUAAAAAUACAUUUUGACGCA